AUGGCAUACUCCCCCGAGAGACUCGUGCGGGCCCAUCAGCUCUUUGGCCGUCGCACGGGCAAAUUCUGCAUGCUUCCACACCUCGCUGGCCCAUAUCACUUGCGACAACGUGCCUCCAAGCGUGCCGCUGCCAUUGCGUCGUGGCAUGACAAUGACGAAGAUGAAGACUACUCGCCUUCCAACAAGCGAACACCGACCAAGCGCAAGCUGUCUUUUUUCAAUGGGGGUGAUGAAGACACUCGAUCUGACAAAAGGGCUCGAAGCAUGUCCCCAACUUCUACGCUCCGCGCUAGACUGAGCCCAGAUCCGGGAAGAGAAGAUUCCGUUUCCCCUUCAACACCCUCGCCACAUAGUGAGCCCGACAGCUGGGACAGAUACUGGGCCGUCAAUCUCGAGAUAGAAACACCAAAUUCACGAUACAGCCUUCGAAGUCGCAACAAGGAAUCGCUGUCAGACUCACCUCAAAAGAGCGACACAGCCAAUGUCGAGACAUCGGCAUCAAAGCCAACUGACGAUGUUGUGCCUGCCAAUACCGAGCUUCCGUUGAGAGUGUGCGAUGCCUGUAAAGAAAUAGGCUUGGAAUGCUCGCUUGCAUCUGACCCCGAUCCAUUCGCAUAUCCUUGCACAACAUGUGAAGUCGAUGAUGUCUUUUGCGUCGUGAGCCCACCACCCAAAUGGAAGCGAUCAUGCGAGAUCUGCAAAGGUCGAAAGCUUUGUUCAUAUCGGUACGCUGAUUACGACCAUUCCCAACCUUGUCUCGAAUGCCGAAAUCAUGGCUUCGAGUGUGUUGCUGGACCAGCUAGACAUCCACCCUUUGGACUCUUUUCCACAAGUGAACCAAGUGAGCCAAGCAGUUCUCCAAAGGUCGAUUCUCCAGAAACCUCCAACUCACUCCAUGGUGGAUCCCCACAACCCGACGUUUCUGAGUUAUCCAAGACGAGUGAACAAAUCAGUUUCCAAAAGAUCAAUUCUCCACCAAGCUCCAACCCACCACAUGGUACCCAAGAGGUCGCCGCCAUCGAGGUAUCCAAACCACCCAGUCCUUCUGCCAUCCAACCAAAGGUUCAGACGUCAGAGACUAAUCCCACAAAGAACAAUUGGGAGCUCCCCUCCCCUCCAUUCAGCCAAGCACAGCCAUCAGUUGUUGAGGCACCGAAGCCACAUGAGGUGAUUGUUCUCACUGAUUCAGACGACGACACCCCAAAGACCCCGAAGACCCCGAAGAGGAAGCCCUCACCGAUUUAUAUCUCUGACUCCCUUGAGUCACCCACUCACACCACCGUCUCCAACCCAACUGUCUCCAACACCAUUGCUUCGCAGCCCGCGAACAUCCAUCGAAUCUGGACCGAACUUGCUCAUCCUGUGGUUUUUCUUGCAGAUGACAGUGAUGCAUCUCCCCCCUGCCACUGGUGCAACAACUUUGCGUAUGGCAUCAAUGGCCUCGGUCCUCGUAACCCAGAGGUCUGGACCGUUGACAACGGCACGAUCGUUGAGCUUCAGGAUGGCCAUACCGGUGAAGGAAAAGAGCAGAGUCGGAUGUGUUUCUCCUGUACAUGGGAUCGAUGCAAAAUCAUACAAUGCUCCCACAACACCCUCGAUCGACUCCCCAUGCCUUUGUCCCCCAAAGACGCAGCACGAAAUGAUGCUGUAACACUUCUACGCCAAGCAACUGAUGCUAUGACUGAUCCCGAAACUGGGAAGGCUGGCCCUUAUUUCCCGAGUCCCAUUUACGAAUGGUGCAGCCUGUGUCGAGAGCCCGCAUUCGGGUCUUGCCAGGCACUUCAACCAAUUGAUGCUUACGCAGAGGUCGUGAACUGUGAUGAAGAAUCCCAUGGUUGUGGACUGAUGCUCUGUGAGUACUGUCUCGACCUCACCAAGCGAUUCAAAGGUGACCUCAAUGCUGUCGUUGCAUGGGGUCGCAAUGAUCAGUCUAACCCCAUAUCCUACCGAGCUGAUGUGGAGUACCUCCUUUCAGGAGCGGAGAACAACACCAUGUACAAGCUUUACAUGGAGGAGCGUUGA